GAUGACAGCAAGUCCUGUUUACCAGGGUUUUACACUGGUGCAGAACUGAAGACCUUUCUUGCACGCCCUCCUGAGGAUCCUAACGCACCGGGUGCUGAUGCAAAGGCAUUUCACACCGACAAUCUCUCACCAGAGCAACAGGAGGAGAAAACACGUGGCCUUGACAAACACUGUUUCAAUGCCUAUGCCAGUGAUCGCAUCUCCUUACACAGGACCCUUGGACCAGACACACGGCCUCCAGAGUGCAUUGAACAGAGAUUCAAGCGUUGCCCUCCUCUACCUUCAACAAGUGUGAUUAUAGUGUUUCACAAUGAGGCCUGGUCCACCUUGCUGAGGACAGUGUACAGUGUGAUGCAUACCUCUCCAGCCAUACUCCUAAAGGAAAUCCUAUUAGUGGAUGAUGCCAGCACAGAUGACUAUUUAAAAGAACAACUGGAUGAAUAUGUAAAACAGUUCCGGAUAGUGAAGGUUGUCCGACAAGUGGAAAGGACGGGAUUGAUAACUGCGAGGCUCUUGGGGGCUAGUGUCGCCACUGGAGAAGUGCUGACUUUUCUUGAUGCUCACUGUGAGUGCUUCAAUGGCUGGCUGGAACCUUUGUUGGGAAGAAUAGCUGAAAAUUACACAGCUGUGGUAAGCCCUGACAUCACUACCAUUGACCUCAAUACCUUUGAGGUAUCCAAACCUGUCCAGUAUGGAAGGCAGCACAAUCGAGGUAACUUUGACUGGAGUUUGUCAUUUGGCUGGGAGGCCAUUCCAUCUCAUGAGAUAGAAAGAAGAAAAGAUGAAACCUACCCAAUCAAGACUCCUACGUUUGCUGGUGGCCUCUUUGCGAUCUCCAAAGCUUACUUUGAGCUGAUUGGAACAUACGACAACCAGAUGGAAAUAUGGGGAGGAGAGAAUGUGGAAAUGUCAUUCAGGGUCUGGCAAUGCGGUGGGCAGUUGGAAAUCAUUCCCUGCUCAGUGGUGGGCCACGUGUUCCGUACCAAGAGCCCUCACAGCUUCCCAAAAGGUGUGCAAGUAAUUGCCCGCAACCAAGUGCGGCUGGCUGAAGUCUGGAUGGAUCAGUACAAGGAGCUGUUUUACAGGCGAAAUCAGCAAGCAGCGAAGAUGGCACAGGAGUAACUAAGGAAACAGCUGUAUCUGAAGAUUGACAUGGCAAGUCCUGAGGAAAAUCUAAUUUAACAAGGGACAAUUUCAGUGGCAUCCAACAAAACCAUAAAGCAGA